CAGCGGAGCCGCGGGAGCGCCGGGAGCCCCAGCCCCGCCGCUCUCCCCGCCCUCCCACGCCUUCCGCCCGCACCUUGGGCCGUAGGUGCGCGAUCGGCCGCAGCCGCCUGGCCACAGCGGGCGCCGCGGGCUCCGCGUCCAUCAGUCCCUCCGUCGCCGCGGGAGCUGCUAGGAGGCGUCAUGUAGCCGCAGCCGCGAGCCCCCCGCGGAUCGGCAACUAUUUAUUUAUAUUUAUUUUUUUGGGGGGUGUCGGGGGCGCGGCCACACCGUCUCCCCGGCCCGCCUCCCGUCUGCGCGCCGCACCCGCCUCUCCAAGCCGAGGGGUCGGGCGAGGGCGGCGGCGGAUCCCCGCGCAGGAGCCAUGGCCGAGGAGGGCGCCGAGGUACCCCGCGAGCUGACAGGAGCGGAGGAGCGCAGGGAGAGAAUUACCUAACAGUGCCGGGUGCCGGGAUGGCGGUGGCGGCAUCGCCAGGUGUGCAGACCGGAGGCUGAGAGCAGAGAGCAUCAAGGACGUCCUUGGCAGGAAGGUCAGGAUCGGCCUCAAGAAGAAGGUCAAGUUGGAAGGGAAAGGGGACAAGCUUGAAAACAAGGUGCUGGUGCUGACGUCCUGCCGGGCCUUCCUGCUCGCAGCGCGGAUCCCCUCCAAGCUCGAGCUGACCUUCAGCUACUUGGACAUUCAGGGCGUCACCUGCAGCAAGCCCGCGCAGAUGGCCGUGGAAACCGAGAAGUACAGCUUGUCCCUGAGGAUGGCGGCGCCCGAGGACGUGAGCGAGGUGCUGGCGCACCUGGGCUCCUGCCUGCGGAGGAUCUUUCCCAGCCUGUCUCCCCUGAAAAUCAUGAAGAAGGUGUCCAUGGAGCCGCCGGAGCGGCUGGCCAGCCUGCAGGCCGAGUGGGACAGCCAGCCGGCGGCCGAGCAGGGCCCCUGUGGUGGGUUCUCUCAGAUGUACGCCUGUGUCUGCGACUGGCUGGGGUUCCCGUACAGGGAGGAAGUGCAGUGGGAUGUGGACACAAUCUAUCUGACCCAGGACACCCGCGAGCUGAACCUGCAGGACUUCAGUCACCUGGACCACAGGGACCUGAUCCCCAUCAUCGCUGCCCUGGAGUACAACCAGUGGUUCUCCAAGCUGUCCUCCAAGGACCUCAGGCUGUCCUCCGAUGUCUGUGAGCAGAUCCUGAGGGUGGUGAGCAGGUCCGGGCGGCUGGAGGAGCUGGUGUUGGAAAACGCUGGACUGAGAACAGAUUUUGCACAGAAACUGGCCAGUGCGCUCGCACAUAGCCCCGGCUCAGGACUGCACACCAUCAACCUCGCUGGCAACGCGCUGGAGGACCGAGGUGUGUCCUCGUUAAGUGUUCAAUUUGCCAAACUCCCAAAGGGAUUAAAACAUUUAAAUUUAUCUAAAACCUCAUUGUCACCUAAAGGGGUGAACUGCCUUUCUCAGUCACUCAGUGCCAACCCGCUGACCGCCACCACCCUCACGCACCUGGACCUCUCAGGGAACGCCCUUCGCGGAGACGACCUCUCGCCCAUGUACAGUUUUCUGGCCCAGCCCAACGCCCUUACUCACCUGGAUUUAUCCAGCACCGAGUGCGCCCUGGACAUGGUCUGCGCGGCUCUGCUCCGAGGCUGCCUGCAGCACCUGGCCGUGCUCAACCUCUCCCGCACCGUCUUCUCUCACCGGAAAGGGAAGGAGGUGCCGCCCUCCUUCAGGCAGUUUUUCAGCAGUUCCCUGGCGCUGACGCACAUCAACCUCUCGGGCACCAAGCUGGCGCCCGAGCCCUUAAAGGCGCUGCUGCUCAGCCUGACCAGCAACCGCAGCCUGAAGGCCGUCUCCCUCGACCUCAGCAGCUGCGAGCUGAGGUCAGGAGGCGCACAGGUGUUGGAGGGCUGCAUCGCCGAGAUCCACAACAUCACCAGCUUGGACAUCUCCGACAACGGCUUGGAGUCCGACCUCUCCACCUUGAUCGUGUGGCUCAGCAGGAACAGGUCCGUACGGCACCUGGCCUUGGGCAAGAACUUCAACAACAUGAAACCCAAAAACCUGACCCCCGUGCUGGACAGCUUAGUGCAGAUGAUUCAGGACGAAGAGUCGCCUCUGCAGUCCUUGUCCCUGGCCGACUCCAAACUCAAGACCGAGGUCACCAUCAUCAUCAACGCCCUGGGCAGCAACACGUCCCUGACCAAAGUGGACAUCAGCGGGAAUGCCAUGGGCGACAUGGGCGCCAAGAUGCUGGCCAAAGCGCUGCAGAUCAACACCAAGCUCAGGACGGUGAUCUGGGACAAGAACAACAUCUCUGCUCAAGGCUUUCAGGACAUAGCCGUGGCCAUGGAGAAGAACUACACGCUGCGAUUCAUGCCAAUCCCCAUGUACGACGCCGCCCAAGCCCUCAAGACGAACCCCGAGAAAACGGAGGAGGCUCUGCAGAAGAUAGAAAACUACCUGCUCCGGAACCACGAGACCAGGAAGUACCAGCAGGAGCAGGCCUACCGCCUGCAGCAGGGCAUCGUCACCAGCACCACCCAGCAGAUGAUCGACAGGAUGUGCGUGAAGGUCCAAGAUCACCUCAACUCCCUGCGCAGCUGUGGGGGGGAUGCCGUCCAGGAGGACAUGAGGUCGGCCGAGCGGCUCAUGCGGGACGCCAAGAACUCCAAGACGCUGCUGCCGAACUUGUACCACGUGGGCAGUGCGUCCUGGGCAGGAGCCGGCGGCCUGCUGUCCAGCCCCGUGCAGGAGACGCUGGAGUCCAUGGCCGGGGAGGUCACAAGGGUUGUCGACGAGCAACUAAAGGCCCUGCUGGGGUCCAUGGUGGACGCGGCCGAGAGCCUGUGCCCCCACGUGAUGAGGAAGGCCCACAUCCGGCAGGACCUGAUCCGCGCCGGCUCCGAGAAGCUCUCCGUGCCCCGCACCUUCGUGAAGAACGUCCUGCUGGAGCAGUCGGGCGUGGACAUCCUCAACAAGAUCAGCGAGGUGAAGCUGACCGUGGCCUCCUUCCUGUCCGACCGGAUCGUGGACGAGCUCCUGGACGCCCUGUCGCUCUGCCAUCACAGACUGUCCGACCACUUCAGCCGACGGGGCCGGACCCUUCCCGCCCCCGAGGCCGUGGAUGUGGAGCCCGUGGACGAGAGGCCGGCCCGGCGCCCGGUCCUCGCGGUGGAGGAGCUCACGGAGCUGGAGCGCCUGGAGGAGCAGGACACGUGUUUGAUGACCCCCAAGUCCAAGAGGAAGACGAUCCACAGCCGGAUGCUGCGGCCGGUGUCCAGGGCCUUCGAAAUGGAGUUUGACCUGGACAAGGCCCUGGAGGAGGUGCCCAUUCACGUGGAGGACCCGCCCCGCCCUGCGGAGAAGCGGAGCUCGGGCCUCAUCCCUGAGCUGCCCUCGGAGGAGGGCCGGAAGCUGGAGCACUUCACCAAGCUGCGGCCCCGGCGCAACAAGAGGCAGCAGCCCACGCAGGCGGCGGUCAGCGUUGCGACCGUGGGCCCCCAGGACGGCGAGCGGAACGGCCUCAUGGGGAGAGUGGACGAGGGCGUGGACGAGUUCUUCACCAAGAAGGUGACCAGGCGGAGAUCAUCGGCCAGAGGCCCCGAGGCCCAGGACCCCGGCGACGGGGGCGAUGAGAAGAAGAAGAGAGAAUCUCGCAGGAGCGGCUUCCUCAACCUGAUCAAGCCCCGGUCCAAGCCCGAGCGGCCACCCACGGUCUUGAUGGCGGACGAGCCGUCCUCGCCCAAAGGGGCGGGCAGAGGUCCAGCUGUGGACACGCCCCGGCGGGAUGUGAGGCCGGCCGAGCACAACGACAGCUCUGAGCGGACAGAGGAGAUGCUGACGCCCGAGCCCCCCGAGGACGGGGAGGACGGGGGGCGGCCGGAGCCCGGCGAUGGCAGGGGCAGCCCCCAGGGCAGCCGGCGGUAUGGCGUCCAGGUGAUGGGCAGCGGCCUGCUGGCUGAGAUGAAAGCCAAGCAGGGGCGGCGAGUGGCCGGUGUACACAAGUGCCUAGACUGCACCCCGCGCUCCCGGGGACCCCAGAGAAGAGCGCCAAAGCGGACCCCCGAGUGGACGCGGGCUUCCGGGGCCGGAGCGCCUCCAACGCCAGGCCCGCCCUGCAGUCGCCCAGGCCCAGCCCGGCCGCGCGGCCCACCCUCCCGCAGAAGCCCAGGACGCCCUCCCGGGCAGAGGACGCCCCGGACUCCCCGCCCGGCCUCGGCUCCCCCAGGGUCGCUCUGCUCCCUCCCGUCCUGCAGAAGGUGCCUGUGGACAAGGAGCGGGAAGGCCAGGGCAGCCCCCAGCCCAGCCCCAGGACCUUCUCCCAGGAAGUUUGGAGGAAAAGCUGGGGCCAGCAGCCCCAGGAGUUCCAGGACCAGAAGCCGUGGUCCCCCAGCAAGGACGGCCGGCAGGGCAGCAAGUCCAGCGACUCCGGGGAGGAGGCCGAAAAGGAGUUCAUCUUCGUGUGAAGGUCACGGCCCCAGACGUCCCGGCAGGUGCCUGGCGGUCACCAGAGAGGCACCAGGGCUGCCCCGCCUCCUCGGCCUCGUCUCUCGGUGCUGCUUCCCUUGCUUUUUCCUUCUAUUGAAACCAGAAACACAGCCAUUUCUUGGUAAUCAGAGCACAUUUGCUUGGGCUUCUCUCGGCCCUGGCGUUCCUGCCUAUACCUUCAGCCGGUGCCAGCGGUGCCAGCGGCCACACUUGAAUUUCUCCUUGGCAGCUGCUGCUGCUGCCCUGCGGGAGGAGCGUGGGGAGGCGCCCGGGUUACUGGGCACUCACGCGCACAGGGAACCGUCCGGGCGGCCGUGGGUCCUGCCGCCCGUGCCUGCGUCAGAUGGGCACCGGCCCACGGAGCGGUUUGCUCUCGCUGGGAGCGGUUUGCAGCUGCACCUUGUAAUUACGGCCGAGCACACGAAUAAGCCCUUUGUAUACAUUAUAUUUGCUGGGUCUCGGGGUGGUGUCUCCAUUCUCCCGGGGCAGCCCUUCCUUCCCAAGGGGGAUGGUGCGUCCCCAUGCGGGCGGCGGCCUGGGCCUUCCCACCGGCAGGCGCGGGGGGACUGGGCGAGAGGCCCCGCUGCUGCCCCCACGUGUCCGGGUUGAGUGCACAGCGGACUGGAAUGAGGGUUUACGGAUAUAUGUUUGUUUUUAAAUGUCUUUAAUUUGUCUGCAUAUUAGCUUUGAAGGUGUAAUUUUAAGAGAGAAUUUAAGAGACCUGUAAACAAAUAAAAAAUACUACUCUUUUUACGACAUGUCACAAACAGUCACUUCCCAGACAGGCUGGAGGUAUUCUACGCGUAUGUGUAUUUAUACCAAUAAAUGAUUUUACAAGUGGAAUCCAACCCGCUGCCAUGGCAUUUUGACGUUUGGCUUGUGGUGACGAACGUUGCUUUGGGUCCAAGAUCCAGGAGCACCCGGUUCCCAGGGACUCACACCCGGCGACGUCAGCGUCCACGAAGCUGCUGCUCCUGCCACCUGCUUGCACCCCGGGAAGGAGCCAGGUCACGCGGGACGCGAGUGUGAACCAGGGCGUGACCUGAGAGGUGUUUACCUGUUAAGGGAAGGGAGUCAGCGUGUGAUCCCGUGUUGGUGCCUGUAACGCCCCUGGAGGACGUAACCAGAGUUACUGCCCUCCGUUGUCUGGGUCAGACUACGGGGGAGUCUUUCUUCUCUCAUUUUCUGAGCUACAUGAUUUAAGUGAUCUUUUGUAUUCAUGUGAUUACAAAAGAAACAAAAGGUAUAUAUAUUAUAUGUAAUAUAUAUAUAUUAAAGCAUUUGCUCUAGUUCCAGUA